GACGAUCAACCCGAUACGGAGCACAGGCAACUCCUGCUGCUCAAGCGGGCGAUGAUCACGAUCAGCCUGGAGAUGAACAAGGACGGGCGGACGGCAGCUGCCACCGCGCCCGCGUACAGGCUGGGAUGCGCCAUCCGGUGCUUGCGCGCGGUCGAGGACGGCCGGUGGAUCGCCGUUCAGCGUCCGAUUGACGACUACCCAGGCCUGCUUCACGGGGCCCAGAUUCAGGCCGCCUUCGCCUGGGGCGGGCCGCUCUCCAAGUCUUGCGCGACAGGGCUGCAGCUAGCCCGGGAGGACAUCCGCCAGGACCUGCACGACCUCAGCUGGGUCUCAGCGCAGCUGCCGGCGGAGGCUAUGGCCGGGGAGUUGGCCCGUCAUUGGAGCGAGGUUUUUGCCGCGGGGAAUGUCGACGCAGACAAGUUGGAGUCUUGGCUCCAAGAGUGCAGCGCGGACGGUCCCGCAGCGUGUCGUUAUGGAAAAAGCUUGGCCCUCUGGCAGUUGACGUCCUCUUCAACUCUGCGCGCUUUGUGGAUACCGACGGCGAUAGCAGACCUACGAGCUGCCUACGCGGACGAGCCGGGUGGGGCAGGGACGGGCGACCACACCUUCAACUUGGGCAUCCUGUGUUGCAUGCCGAAGAAGCCGGUGGAACAGCGCCCAGAAUUGGGGGACGUGUACACGGCAGAAAGCACGCGGCCCCUCUCUUUGGUCGAUGUGUCGAACCGGCUUAUUGCAGCCGCUUGCAAACAGCGCUGGGAAUCGCCACUGGGCCAAUGUGUGUCACAGGCGCAACGAGGAUUUCUGCCUGGCCGGUCGAUGCUCGCCAACGUGACCGAGCUCGAGCGCCACGCAAUGCUCACAGCACUGUCAAAGCCAGAAGGGAUCAUGGUCCUCGUGGAUUUCAGGGCCGCGUUCCCGAGCGUUUCGCGCGGCUUUUUACGCAGGUGCUUGGAAGGGCUCGGCAUGCCAGACGGGGCGCUGCGCGUGCUCGACGCGCUGUACGACAGUGGGCAGUGCGCGGUCUCGCGAUGGCCCGGCUUCGCCCUGCGGUCGGGGAUCCGGCAGGGGUGCCCCCUCUCACCGUUGAUCUUCGCGGCCGCCAUGGAUUUGCUCCUACGCGUGCUGAGCCGCAGACCGGGGCCAGAGGUGCUGAUCAGGGCCUUCGCGGACGACGUUGGCAUCGUGCUCGCAGACAUGAGGAGGCAGUUGCCGAUCCUGCAGCAAGCCCUCUCUGAGUUUGGUGAUCUGUCUGGCAUGGUUGCCAACCUCCCCGAGACGGUCGGCAUCCCGCUGUGGGAGGACACGCUGGACGCCGCCUCCGCCGUCGUCUCGGAGGCUUGUCCGGCGUGGGCUGGCCUGCCCCUGAAGCGCGCUGCAGUCGACCUGGGCUGCGCCGUUGGGCGGGGCAGAGCGGGGCAAAUUUGGCAUACGGCCGUGAAGCGAUUCCGGGAGCGGGUGGAAGGCUGGACUUGGAGCGAGAUGGGGCUCCACUUCGCUACGGUUCCGUGCGACACAUACGCCUUGCCAGUAUUACCAUUUAUCGCCCAAGCGGCGCUCCCCUCCCAGGAGGCGCUUCUCGCCGAAGCGUGGGCGACGCGGCGGGCUGCGCCGGGUCCUGGUUUCUGGUGCGUGCAGAGCGAUUUGUGGCCCCUCAGGGAACACUUCGACAUGCCUUGCUCUUUCGGGUCGCUCGAGGUCGUGGCGCGCGCUGCUCAGAUGAGAGUGUUCUUUUGUGAAAACAGUGCCCAUGGGGGGCUGCAGCUGGAUGGCAAGGCGCUCCAGCCCAGGACGGCCAGAGGCGCGACCAGCUACCUGAUCAGGGGGGCGGCCUGGGCAGGGCGGUUCGAUUCUGCGAUGCCCCAGGUCUUGCUGGGCACAGUGGCGCAGCUAGCCACCAGCGGGGUCACCGUUGACCACGUGGGGCGGCUCGUCGCUACGGGGGGGCGCCGUUUCCAGGCGGCUGCUCGGGGGCCGAUCGAGCAAACCCAGAGGACCCCGCCGCGCAUUCGAAUCCGGCACAAGCUCGACCAGUGGGCCUUGCCCGGCACGCCGAGGAUCAUAGCAGAGCGGUUCGAGCUUACAUUGCAGCGACUCCGUCGCCUCGUGACGCCGCGAGUUGUCGCCGCUGUCUUUAGCACUGGCUGGAAUCGUUGGUGCACGGCCCGUCGGUUCAAAAACACGAUGGGGAUCCACAACUUUUGCCAGCUGGGGUGCGGGGGACAAGCCCAGGACAGCGUGGAGCACUACAGCCGCGGCAGG